AUAUAAAUAGUGUUUUAACUCGACAAAUUGUUAUCAAAAACAAUUUAAUCUUUAAGAAAUCAACAACCUUUCAAAAACACCCCACAAAACCAACAUGUUCAAAUACGCCGUUGUUAUCUUCGCUGUAAUUGCUUGCGCUGCUGCCAAACCCGGUUUGAUUGGCGCUCCUUUGGCUUACACUGCUCCCGCCGCUGUUGUAGCAGCCCCAGCUCCAGUAGUUACCGCCACCAGCAGUCAAGUUAUUGCCCGUAAUUAUAAUGGUAUUGCCAGUGCUCCAAUUGUUGCCCCUGUUGCUGCUCCUGUCGUUGCUAAAACUGUUGCUCCAGUAGCUGUAGCUGCUCCUUUGGCCUACUCUGCUCCUGUUGUAGCUAAAUAUGCUGCCGCUGCUCCUUUAGCCUAUUCUGCACCUUUUACUUAUGCUGCUGCUCCAGCUCCAGUUUUGUUUUAAAUAUAGAGGAUAAAAGAUGGUAAUGGUUUUUGAUCGA